AUGGUAUCGUCCGCCGACGUACCCGCUCAAUUCGUGUCCAACUGGAAACCAUACAGUCGAGCGCCGAGUGGGGAGACUAGCAAUCAGAGUUCGCCCAAGGGAGGGUCUCCGCCAGGCACAAGCAACAAGCUUUGCUUAGCCUGCGAUGAAUGUCGCCAGGCAAGAGUAAAGUGUCCCGGAGGAAAUCCGUGCAGACGGUGUAUGAAUAAUGAUGGAUACUGCCACUACAGCGUCUCAAAGCGAAGUGGCCGCACCAAAGCUAUACAUAAUAAGAAGCGACAGAACAAUACCAAUACCAAUAAUGGAAACACCAAUAUCCUGUCUCCACCUUCAACGGUUGAUAGUAGCCAGAAGAAUACCGCCGACUACGAGAAAAACACUCAGAAAGCCGCAUUGGAUAAGAAUGCGACGACAUCAAUUGACCAGUCAAUGAUUUUGGAUGACUUCACUCUUAUAAAUUCCAUGGAUUCCUCAAGCAGUAAUGCAGACCUGGGAUCUGAUUCCUCACUGGGUGAUCUGUUUCCUGGUGCUUUUGAUAGUCUAGAUUUCGGCAGUUUUUUCAGCAGUGCGAAUUCAAAUGGCUCGGGUAUCCUUAUGGAUCCUCCUUUCUCAAGGCCACUAUCCGCGUCUAGGCUUUCUUUUAGCGGUCAAGGCCUCGGAGAACCCUCUCCUAACUUUAGAUUCGGCUCCCCUCUUCUUGCCGAGAAGAAUUUCUCCUCCACACCCUGCUCCUGCUUCAAAACCCAACUACUCUGCAUCUCUCAUCUCUGCGGUCCGAUGCUCGAUGAGCAGAGCAGACUUGAUACUGCUUUAGAGACAACCCGGCACAUCAGCGAGCAGAUGGUCCAGCUCCUAUCAUGUAGUUCGUGCCUCAAAGGCUCACACAGCUUCAUCAUCACCACCAUGCUUCUCCAACGCCUAGUAUGUCUGUUCUGCCACUUAGAGAAAAACAGCUCAACACUCCUCAAAACCACAAAGAUCAAAAUUGGAAACUUCCAGCUCUCGGAAGAGGAAGAACAACAGCACAAAAAGCUUUUGAUUACGACUGCGGCGAAAAAGCUUAACAUCAUGGUGAACAGCUUUUAUGAGACUGUACGACAAUUUCAGCAGGCUGAGCUUUUGCAUCAGAGACAACGGAGCGAGGAGAUGACAGAAAUGGGGCGGUCGAACUUAAACUGGGUCAUGGAUGCGAUUCAGAAGAUGAGACGGCGUCUUAAGGGUAUCAUUGGUGAAUCGGAGACCGAGGGAUGGUGA